UCCAUCUCUGUGUUUCCUUUUAAGGAAAAAAAUGGCAACUAAGAAGUCUAAAGGGUUUAUCUUCACAUGCUGUGCGUUCUUGCUUGCCAUAAUUGCAGGAGGUGAAAGUCUCAGCCUUGCAGAAAAUAAGAGAAAUUGUAGCUACGCGGUCACCAUAGAAACAACAUGCACCAAAGGGGCAGAUACCUCGAACCAUGUCAGUCUCAGAUUUGGAGACAAAAAAUCUAACGACAUUGUGGUGCACCACCUUGACUCAAAGCAUGUAAGAAAACUAGACCCACUGCAGCCGGUGGUCCUAGACGAUGUGUCUAGAAAGCCAUUUCAAGCCUGUAAUGUUGAUCAAUUCCAAGUGACUGGUCCAUGUGUGGAUUCACAAGUUUGCUACCUAUACCUGAAGUUGGCCGGAAAUGAUGACUGGAGACCGGGUUUCGCGCAGGUUCGGGUAUUAGAAGGACCUCGUCUCAGCUCGAAUUAUUUCUAUUUUCGCCGGUACUUGCCCAGGCAUGUUUGGCAUGGACAUGAUGUGUGUGAUAGAGAGCUCACCCCUUUUGGAGUCCAGCAUAAGAGAAAGGUCUUUGUAAAGAAACCAUCUACACAUUUUUAAAAAUUAAGAUCCAUGUGGAAAUCUUCAUUGAAUCUUGACUAAGUAAACUCUCUCUGUAUCUGAAUUCAAUAUUGUUUGAUUAAUGUAUACAAGUUAAUGUAGGGUUGGUCUGUGUGUGUUUUUAGCUACUCUAA